AUGCACAUUGCAGUGGAUUUUAAUGCUUCUUUUGUAGUGCGUGCGGGUGGCUGCUGCUUCCUCCGUGGGCAUGAAGAGAAGGAAGAGACAGUGGGAGUGCGCCGCGGCUCUCAUCCCCUGUGGGAAGGUUGCGCUGCGUGUGGCGGCAUUGCUUUUAAACGCCGAACCAACACGCACGAGGACAUGGCACGGAGCGGAAGACUUCCUCUUUGUUUUGUUUCUGCUGCUGUGGGUGUGGGCGCGGCUGCGUCGGACUUGUCGGCACGAUGGCCGCAGCGUGUGGCUGUCACUCUGUUCUCUUGGGAAUAUGCCGCGACUCUUUUACGUGUGUUUUGUUUCGGGGACAAUGUGCUGGCGGCUGUGUGA